CUACCUAUGUACAAGGCGCUCACAUGACUCCACCCACCCGUGUCGCCUCUUAACACCCGAUACACCUCGGCACAGCAAGAGCACUCAAGCACGACGACGCCUUGACCACGCGGAUGCGGUACCUCGCCUCGCCGCCCUGGCCGUCGUUGCCCAUGAACAUCAGAGCCGCUCUCAGCAUGCCCGCUCCGCGGUGGUGCUCCAAAGCCACGAUGGCCUCCUGUCUGCCCUCGUCAUAUUUGACGAUGUCGAACGCGCCGAUGGCUGCAGGACCGCCAACCGCACCCAGCAGCCGCCUGAUGCCUGCCCGGAUUGCACAUUCGAAAUCCCAUGCGGUCCACGGCGAUGAUGUGGAGGCUGCUGCCGCUGCCGCUGCUGAUGCGGAUGAGUCUGGGAUGGCGUCCGCUGUGUCGAUGUGCACCAGGAGGUAGUAGGUGUCGGGUGUGAAGGCCAUCAUGCCAUUCUUCGACGGCUGGCGCUGCUGUUGAGGACGCUCAGGCUCCAUGGCUGCAAGGGAAGCGAAAGGGGGAAGAUCCGCAUCUCGCCGCUUAGCUCGCU